AUGGCGGAGUACAGUGGCUCGGGCUACCGUGACCCUCGCGCCAGCGAGCGGUAUAAGGAGCUCAUCGGAGAAUCGAGGAGCAACCUCCUGUCAACCUACGAGGAGCACUGGUUGAAGACCAAGAAGCGCAGCGAGAGGGAGACCGCUCUCCUCGUCGACAUCGCAACCCGUUCCGCCGCAGGUCCUUCCUCCAGCAGUGUCAACAACUCGACCGACGCCGCCACCGACUGUGCAGCUCGUGUCAAGGCUGUACAGCACAAGUACACCUUGACACAGCUGAGCAUGAUCUGUGUGCGCAAUGGCUUGACGUCAAACGACGGCAACCAUUUUACGCUGCAUUAUGCUCAGGGCAUUGUCCGCAACGACCUCGACCUCGUCGACCACUCCUUCGGCGACGACAGUGUCCUGCCGAGCGAGGACGAUGCCGAGGUCCAGCGCCUUCUCAAGCUCAGCGAGAAGGCCCUGCAGGUCGAUUGCGUGCGGCUCAUCGUGUCAUACAAGACGGCACGCGUCAGCGGCAAAAGGAUGCUCUGUCGUCGUCUGGUCACAGCCAGAACGGCGAAAUCCAAGAGGACUGGGCGGGCCGCAAGCAGGUCACGCGCCGCCUCUGAGCCGUCAUGCACGCUCAACCCGGUCAUUCCAAAGCUCUCCGUCUCCACUUUCAUCAUUGUCUCGAUCAUGUCUCAGCAGCGUCUCCUCGUCCCAGGUGGGGUCUCACGACUCUGGCCGCAGCAGCCUCCAUCACAACAACCAAACCAACCACCGUUACCAUGUCCCAGCAAUGUCUCCUCGACCUGCUUGCGACAGUCCAGAUGGGGUCUUUCGAGUCUGCCUGUGACAACCAACCAUGACCCAAAAAUCUCCAACUCAAAACACCGAACGUGCAAGAACGCCUAG